UUCGUUGGAUUGACUCGCCCACGAGUGCGGCUAGGGUUUUUCCGCUCAUCUCCUCCUCCCUCUUUCUUCUCCCCGCCGCUUCAAAACCCUAGCUUUUUCCCCUCCGCAUCACUCCAUUUCGCCCCCGAUUCCCCGCUCCCAUGGCGAUCGAACCGCGGAGGAAGCUCUUCUAGUGGUAUCCUAACCCUACGCGCCGCACGAAGCUCGCAGAGCUAGGGCCUCUCCGCGGAGAUGGCGACCGCGAACCCCUUCGACAUCCUCGGCGACGACGACAACGACGACCCGUCGCAGCUCAUCGCCGCGCAGCAGCAGAAGAUCGCAUCGCAGCAGCAGAAGGGCGCCGCGAAGAAGCCCGCGGCGGCGGCGGCGGCGGCGGCGCCCGCUGCGGCGAAGCUCCCCUCCAAGCCUCUCCCUCCGGCUCAAGCUGUGAGAGAAGCUCGGAGUAACACCGGGCCGGCACGAGGCGGGGCCGGUCGAGGACGCGGCCGAGGUGGCGGCCGGGGUUUUGGAGUCGGCCAAAGCCGAGAUUUUGGGAAUGGAAAUGCCAAUGGCUUUUCUGGAGGAUAUGAUGCUGCUGCAGCAGGAGGCGGAGAAGGUGGCGAUGGCAAUAAAGAAGACCGCGGGCCGCGUCAGCCUUUCCGCGGUGCCCGCCGUGGUGGGUAUCGGAACGGCGAAGCCGGAGAGUUCUCUGACAGGCCGCCGCGCAGGACGUAUGAGCGCCACAGCGGCACUGCGCAUGGAUAUGAGAUGAAGCGCGAGGGCGCAGGCCGCGGCAACUGGGGAACUUUUACUGACGAGACCAUUGCUCAGGAAACUGAGGAAACUGUGCACGCUGACGAAAAGAGUGUUGUGCCUGAGAAGAAGACCGAGCAGGGCGAUGUGCCGUCUGGAGAGGCUGAUAAGGAUAACAAAGAAGGUGCAGCAAACGAGACAGAAGAAAAGGAGCAGGAGGAUAAGGAGAUGACUUUGGAGGAAUAUGAGAAAAUAAGGGAGGAGAAGCGGAAAGCCCUACUUGCACUGAAGACUGAAGAGAGAAAGGUUGAAAUCGACAAAGACCUGCAGACUAUGCAGCAGCUCUCGACGAAAAAGAGCAAUGCUGAUGUCUUCAUUAAGUUGGGUUCUGAUAAGGACCUGAAAAAGAAAGAAAAUGCUGAGCGGGAUGAACGCGCCAAGAAGUCUCUGAGCAUCAAUGAGUUCUUAAAGCCAGUUGAAGGCGACCGCUACUACAGUCCCGGCGGCCGUGGGCGCGGGAGGGGGCGCGGCCCAUUCAGAGGCGGGUUUGGUCGGACCACUGGCCCUUCUGCUGCCCCGUCAAUUGAAGAUCAAUCGCAAUUUCCAUCGCUCGGUGGGAAGUGAAAAAAAAAAAAAAAGCAAGCAGGUGUUAUCGAAACUUGUUCGUCAUCAAAACUUGCUCAUCGUUUACUGCCAUUUUUAGUUUUGUCUGUCAAUGAGGAAUUAAAUCGGUACAAUAAUGACUCUGUGCUGUCGCCCGUUUUAUAUUUAUUUUUAUUAUUGUCGUGUGUCUUCAACUAUGUAUAUCAGAGCUACGUGUUAUUGUGGAUGCUAGUGUGUCUGAUUGUUGUUUGGAGUAUUAACUAGUUAUGCAUUAUUCUCGUUUCGAUA